GCAUUGUAAACGCAUCCCCUCCCCUGCCCCUGCCCCUGCCCUGCCGCCGCAGCUUCGGCUUCUCCCGCUCAGCUGCAGCGGCAGCAGGCGGCCGUCUGUUCCGCUCCCCUCCGCCUCCGUUUCUUCUCCCGGGGUACCUCAGCCGACUCUUCCGGAAACAAACAAAACACCCUCCCACCCUUUGCGCUGCCCGUUGCGGCCUGUCUGUCUCCCCGUGACGUCUCCCGGCGGCUCCUGGCAUCGGCGCUCUGCCCCGCCUCUCCUCCUGCGGCGGCGGAGAGAGGAGGGCGACGGACGGCAUCAUGAAGCGCCUAGUAGUCGUCCUGGCAUUGGUGCUGGCCGCCGCGCUCGGCCCGGCCACGGCCCCGGCCCCGGCGCGCGCCCAGCUGCGGCGGGACCACCAGGCGCCGCCGGGCCCGCGCCCGCACAGCGUCACCAUCACCGAGUUCGGCGCCGUCGGGGACGGCAGGACGCUCAACACGGUCCCCUUCCAGAACGCCGUCUUCUACGUCCGCUCCUUCGCCGACAAGGGCGGCGCGCAGCUGUACGUGCCCAGGGGCCGCUGGCUCACCGGCAGCUUCAACCUCACCAGCCACCUCACCCUCUACCUGGAGGAAGGCGCCGUCAUCGUCGGCGCAAAGGACUCAUCACAAUGGCUGAUCGUUGAACCUUUGCCAUCUUAUGGCCAAGGGCUAGACCUUCCUGGUCCUAGACAUCAAAGCUUGAUCAGCGGAUACAACUUAACUGAUGUUGUCAUAACUGGGAACAAUGGAGUUAUUGAUGGCCAGGGCUUGGUAUGGUGGCAGUGGUUGCGCUCCCAUGAGCUGAACCAUAGCCGACCCAACCUUCUGGAGUUCCUGUAUUCUGAAGAUAUUGUCAUCUCAAACUUGACAUUCUUAAAUUCACCAGCCUGGAGCAUACACCCGGUGUACUGCAGUAAUGUAAAGGUCCACAAUGUGACGAUUAAGACCUCAUUGGACGCUCCACUGACUGAUGGCAUAGUUCCAGAUUCAUGUUCAAACUUAUGCAUUGAGGACAGCACCAUAAGUGUCAGCCAUGAAGCCAUCUCCCUGAAAAGCGGGUGGGACAGGUAUGGCAUUUCCUUCGGGAGGCCUACCUCCGACAUUCGCAUCAGCAGAGUGGACCUGCUAUCAUCUUCCGGAGCCGCUCUUGCAUUCGGGAGUGAGAUGUCUGGUGGUAUCUCAGACAUUCAUGUUAACCACCUCCGGAUCCACGACUCCUCCAAAGGUAUUUCUUUCAAGACCUCACCCGGCCGUGGGGGUUACAUCGAGGACGUGGUCAUCUCGGAGGUACAGAUGGAAAAUGUGCAUGUCGGCAUCGAGUUCACCGGCAACUGCUCGACCCACCCAGAUGACAGCUUCGAUCCGUCCGACCUCCCGGCGAUCGACCAUGUCACCAUGAAGAACAUGGCCGGCACGAACAUCUCGGUCGCCGGAGUUUUGUCGGGAAUCGAAGGAGCCCCAUUCACAGCCAUCUGCCUUUCCAACCUUAACUUCUCUAUGGCUGCCGGUUCUGGUCCGAGUUCCUGGUCUUGCUCCGACGUUUCCGGCUACUCCGAGGCGGUCUUUCCUGAACCCUGCACAGAGCUCCGUGAUCCGUCCUCCAGCUCUUCCGUCUGCUAUUCCCUGGCCAGCUACAGCGCCAUUGAAACAGCAUAAAUGUCCAUCCAUCCUUCCAUCCAUUUCUUGUUCUCCCCUUGAGCCUGCAUCGCCGCCAUCUUUUGUCUCAGUUCUUUUUUUUCCAAUACACACAGACAGACCAGGAAAAAGAACAACAUCACUACUCUCAUGGCCCUGAGGCUCGGAUCAUAAGCUGCAUGAAUGAUGACCUAGCUUGAAGGGGAAGAAGAAUCAAGUGGGGGGUUGUGGACAGCUAGGUGCUUGCUUGUACAGCUACAUUUCUUUAUUCAAUCUGUAAGAAGGAAGGAUUUUUUUUUGGUUUGGUAGGUGUUGAGCGCAGAACAGUUGCUUCAUACUAUUGGCAUGUGGGUAUAAAUUAUCAAACAGCAUGAUUAAAUU